AGUCAGUCCAGUGUUUGCAAAUAUUGUGUGGGCUCGCGAGCGCGUCUCUGGGCUCCGGCAGGAUCCGAACCCGCGGCGCCUAAUUGCUGUGCAGUUGAGUUUGCAUGAAACUUUCCAGAGCUGCAGGCAGUGCUGCUACGCUCCCGACUCCAGACCGCACACCUCCCUGUUUUUACAACAGCAGUAACUGUCUUUUCCAACCCGACAUGGAUGUACUCCCAAUGUGCAGCAUCUUCCAGGAACUCCAGAUUGUGCACGAGACGGGUUACUUCUCGGCGCUGCCCUCCCUGGAGGAAUAUUGGCAACAGACCUGCCUGGAAUUGGAACGUUACCUGCAGAGUGAACCUUGCUACGUGUCAGCUUCGGAGAUCAAAUUUGACAGCCAGGAAGAUCUGUGGACCAAAAUCAUUCUGGCUCGAGAGAAAAAGGAGGACUCCGACUUGAAGAUUUCCUCCAGUCCCCCUGAGGAUGCUCUGAACAGCCCCAGCUUUGGUUACAACCUGGAGACCAACAGCUUAAACUCGGAUGUGAGCAGUGAGGCAUCAGACAGCUCCGAGGAACUUUCACCCACCUCUAAAUUUACCUCCGACCCCAUCGGCGAAGUUUUAGUCAACUCGGGGAACCUGAGCUCCUCUGUCACCUCCACACCCCCAUCUUCUCCAGAACUGAGCAGGGAACCCUCUCAACUGUGGGGCUGUGUGUCUGGAGAGCUACACCCUCCUGGGAAGAUGCGAGGUGGGACUUCCGGGAAGCCAGGUGACAAGUGCAGUGGGGACGCCUCCCCCGACGGCCGGAGGAGGGUGCAUCGGUGCCACUUUAAUGGCUGCAGAAAAGUUUACACCAAAAGCUCCCACUUGAAAGCACAUCAGCGCACUCACACAGGAGAAAAGCCUUACCGAUGCUCAUGGGAAGGCUGUGAGUGGCGUUUUGCAAGAAGCGAUGAGUUAACCAGACACUUCAGAAAGCACACUGGUGCCAAGCCUUUUAAAUGUUCUCACUGUGACAGGUGUUUCUCCAGGUCCGACCACCUGGCCCUGCACAUGAAGAGGCACCUCUGAGGGGGCACAGCGGCGACUCCUGCGGCUUAAACGGCUUCCACGCUGAGAGACGGCCGUGGAAGGAGGGUGCGUGUUCCAGCCAAAGCAUGCCAUUUUGCACCCUACCCAGUUGCCUCCAGGACCUCUCUUUAGAAGGUCAUUCGAGGGCUAAAGACGUCAUGUCAGAAGCGGCGGAGCACCUGUGGGGUGUGGUGGUUGGGUGGCCCUGGACUCGCCACUGGUACCUAUCUUCUGAGUGGUCCCGAAGCCUUUGCCGUGAGCAUGUGCACUGAGAAUGUUAAUGGUGGGGUGACUGUGUGUGACGGAUCUACAGACUGUGUGAUGAGGCAGCAUCUCCUCCCCUGUGGUCGUGAGAUGCGAGAGACAGACAAAAAGCAGUUUGAGUGUUUGUGUGUGAGGAGUAUUCCAUGAGCUGAGAUGACCACCAAUCAUUUCCUGGGGGUGGGGGAGGGUGUCUGCACCUUAGGGGGGAAAAAGAUAAAAAAAGAAGGGAAAACAUGGAGGGCGGGAAUGGGAAGUCAGGACCCUGAGCGGCGAGUGGGUGUGGGGAGGGCAGCCCCUUCCCCGAGUGAGAGGAAUUUUCCGUGUCUGGUGCAGCUAUUACAUGUGCAAUGUGUCAAGUAGCUUGUUUUACUCGCUACAACAGAGCUCAUUUGUUACCCAUUGUAUAAGCUGUGUAUUUACAAAUAUAACACAAUGAUAACUUUUCCUUAUAAGACAAAAGUAAUGCAUGGUCUGGGGAACUAUAUGCUUUUCCAUUUUUAAAUCAGGACUACAAUUUUGAUUCCAGUUACUGAGCAGCUAAGAUACAAUUUGUGGAAUUCAGUGAUCCUAGCCCUCUGGCCUGGCAUACACAGCCUCCCCUUCCGUUUUGUGACACUCCCCUUCCAGAGAGGCAUUGUGCAGUAUAGGGUUAUUUUUUAAAUGAUUCUGAAUUUGAAUUAACUUUUUGGAGAAUUUCAUGAUGCCCUUUGAGGACAUUGGACACAUGUUGGGUGUGAAAAAAAGCUAGGGCUGGGAAUUGCUGGUCUGAUGUUACAUUAGACAAAGAACCUACAAUUUUUCUCAGUUGGGUGGAUAAAACCACUAAAGCUUAGAAACUGUUUUCUCAUGCAGCUAAGUUUCUCUUAUUUAUGCCUUGAGGACUAAUUUCUGGUUUUCUAGCUGAUAAUGCACUGUAGAUCUUAAUAAUGGUGCCUUACGCAAGUGGCCCUUCUGUGGGGUCUCAUACAGGGGUAUGGGUGAUGCAUGCUUUAUUAAGGCUCUUUUUUCACCUGGCAUUGUACUGUAUCAAUGUAUAAUUCAGAAAAACACAUCUCCUUAAGGUCCUCCUUCACAAACAGAGAGUUGAAAACUCCCAAACAAGUCAGUAUUUAUUCAGUAUUUUAGACAACUUGACUGUCAGCGUUAAAGUGGAAAACACAUGGUAAUUGGAAAAUCUGACCAUUUCUGCCACCAUGAGGCUUUCAUGUAGACUUUGCACAACAGUUGUAUAGAUCACACACCGGCUGUAUUUAAUAGGUAAAAAUUCCACACAUGUUAAAGAUACAGAAGUAUAAAAAAACAAUGUUAAUGUAUUUGCUUAAAAGGCACAAGUUCCACAUACCUAUCUAGCUACCUGUUGGUAAUACAGAAAGUAUACUACUUUUUUUUUAAAGUGGGUGGAAUUCUCGUGUAUGUAUAUUUGUGUGUACAGUAUGUGUAUGUGAGUGUGUGUAUAUAUAUAUACAUAUAUAUAAAUAAUAUAUAAAUAUUUUUUUAAGGAGAAUUUAGAAUGUUUAGUUAGACAGUUCCACAGCCUGUGAAGUAUUUCAAAAUGGCCAUAAAGGAGGUAAAAAUGAAAAGUAUAACUUUUAUAAAGGCUUUAUCUUUCAUUUUAUGACUUGCUAUAGACUCUUGGCUUCCAGUCUAUUCCAGACACCGACUUUGCUCAUCAUGAUCAGCAGGUCUGGAAUAGAGUCCCUUUGGCCAUUUAAACGUGGCAUGAAUGCAGUACUGACCUACUAGUUGGUUUCAGACACACUGAGGUUUGGAUUUUGAAUUUCAGCCUUAUUAGAAGAUCUGACCUAAGAGUAAGCUAAUCACAGGGAUUUUUUUAGAACUCUUUUUAUGCAGAUGAAGCUAUUUUUUUCCAGCACAUAGAUUCUUCCAGUUUUUCCAACGAGUAAUUUCCCCGAAUUGGCAUACCACAGCUUGGACAGCUGAUAUUUCAUCCAGCAGCUGACUGUGGGUGUGGAUCUGGCACACACACGCACACACACACAAAUACAUACACACACACACAUGCAUACAUAUACAUACAUGCAUAUAUGUACACACAUAGGAGUCUAGCUGGCGGAUAUUUUGUUUUAUCUUCCUGGAAAUGAGCAGUGAUGAAAGCUCACGUAACUGGUUUUUUAUCUAGGCUGAUGCAUACACUUACCUAAAGAACUCAUUUCAUUUUGCUUGGGGGAAAAUGCACUUUUUUUUUUCUUGGCAAUUCAAAAUCCAAGCAUUUGAUUUGCUGGGUUUUGGAAAACUCCUUUUUUGGCUCUGCUGUGUCCUUAGCCAUAACUAUUUCAUUAAGCAAGAAGGUAAACAAAAGACAAAAACAAACAAACAAAAAAAACCCCAACAUGCACUGACUUGUCUCACUUGUGAAACUUGAAGUGUUUGGUUGGGUGGGGCUGGGUGCCAUGUAUGUCAAUGCCUGUAAUUUUCAUAAUAAGCAAGUACAUAAAGAACUCCAUUCUGUUCAGGUGAUAACUGAGCCUCAAUCAAGCAGAAAUUUUUUGCUUGACGUUAAAAUAAAAUUUCUAUUAGUGAAAUUUCGUUUUUUUUUGAAGCACCCUGUUAUCUAAAGAAUCUUUGUAAGAUUUUUGUAAAAUUUUGUUUUACAAGAUUUUAUUUGAAAUUGUUUUUUGCAAGAUUGUUAUAUUUCUGUAUGAAUGUAUUUUUUAUUGGAAUAACAUAAAAGAAUUCUUAUCA